UUUAUGUGCAUUGUCUUGGGCAUGUAAAUAAACAGUAAAAAAAAUAUCUUUAUUUUCGACUGAUUAUUACGUAAUGUCGGAAGAGCGUGGUGACAAUAAAAUUAUUCUGCCUCACCACGAGCAGCAGCAGCUGUGCACAACACGGCUGCCCUACCGCCAAGGCCGCAAACUUACUGCUAUUAAGGUUUAUACGAUCAACAGUGAAUCUAACCACCUCCUAAUAUUCGGAGUUCCGUCCCUCAAUCUGCGACAAGAAGCCAAAGCCCUUUUCCAGAAAUUCGGAAGGUUAAAAUCAUUUACUUUGGCAAAGGACUACAAAGGCGAGCAAUUUACAGAGACUUAUCAUGCCGUUUUCGAGAAAAUACAAUCAGCUCGUGUCGCUAAGAGAAUGAUAGACACUAAAAACUUCUAUGGAGGUUCCUUGCAUAUAACCUAUGCUCCGGAAUUAGAAGAUUUAGAUGAAACUAGAAUAAAAUUGUUGCAAAGAAAACAUGAUGUUUUAACUCGACUGAGAAAUUUGCAGAAUGAAGAAGAUAAAUUUGUCAAAAAAGUUGAAAUUGAGCCGGUAGUUGAGCAAAUUGUGCCUAAACUAAAUAUGGGUGAAACUAAUGUGAUUUCUCAAGAUGGUUCAGUUAGGAAACGAAAACUUAAAGAAUAUGUUGAAGAGAAAAGAUUUAAACCUUGUUUUAUUACAAAUGAAGUUAAAUCUGAAGUAGAUGUAAGUAAAAACGCUACUAAUUUUAUAGAUAGACUUCCAAAAGUAACAGUAGAAAAGCCUAAUACAUUUAAUACAAUAGACAAUAACAUAGAAAUAAUAGAUUGUACUUCUACAGAUAUAGAAACUGUAACAAAUGUGAAUGAACAUGACAAUAAAAAAGAUGGUGUUAAAAUUUAUAAAAUAUCAGAAAAACCUUUGAAUAAAAUCAAAUUUAAUGUAAAUAAAAAGAGUUAAGCUUUAAUAAUGGUUUUAUU